CAGGCAGGCCUUCCUCUGAAGUUGGGAGUCGAUUUCCUGCCUCCGAUGCAUCAUCCGGACGGAGUCCAGCCCAUCUGGCCAGAGGCCGCUCAAGAGCAGACGCAGGCAGCCACGGCAGAAGGGUGAAGCUUCUUUGCGCCUGGCCUUGCCCCUCGUUGCCAGCUCUCCGGGUCUCCCCAAAACAGACCAAGGCUGGAGUGGAGAAGGGCCGCAGUGAGCCUCCAGUCCACCCCGCGCCCAGCCCCGAAAGGCCACUGUCCGGCAGAGAGCGCUGCCCUCGGACUUCUGCCCCUGGACACGGGCUAAAGCAAGCCACGCAGACGGCAUGGAGACCGGUCCAGUGGUCUUCCUGCUGGCCACCAGCAUGGCCAUCCUCACCUGGGCAAGCCCGGUGGAGCUUCCCGUGUGCGACCUGGAGCCGCUCACGGCGGAGGACGGCGUCAAUGUGUUCUACACCACCAGCCAGGCGGUGAGGGGCUGCAGGGGUCGCAGCCCUACAGAUCCCAGCCUGGACAUCCAUGUCCUCUUCCUGAGGUACAGCGGUCAGCAGAUCAUCAACCUGCUGUUCAACGUGAGCGUCUCUGCGGCGGAACCAAGCCGGAGGUCUCUGUUUGUGGUGAACUCCAAUGUGGUGUCCUUCCUGACUGUGACUACACAGGAUCCCCAACUUACCUUCAUCGCUGCGACUGGCAACGUCCUAGUGCAAGGGCUGAGAGCGGAAACCCCGCGGGCGAACCUGUCUUCGUCCUCCGGCAAGGAGCUGCUCACCUGGGCGAAGGCGGCCUACGGGGGGGUCUCCACCUUCGCGGAGCUGGAAGCCCCCCAGAAGAUCCAUUUCCGGCUGGGCACAGAGUCCGGCUCCAGCGCAGAUUGUGUCCCGGAGGAGGGCUUCAGCACAGAGCCCUACCUCGAGGUGGAAGCGGCCUCCGCCAAUAUCCAGGGAUGUCCAUCCUCUGGCCAGAACCCAGGGAAAGAAGCCCACAUCUUGUGGCUCCGGCAGGAUGCGCAAGACUCCAGCAGCCAGGACGUCAAUCUGAACAUUGAACUGAAAUGCAAGGCGGGAGGACCGGAGAACAUGCUGCCCAUCCUCUUGGUGCUGAAGGGCCGCCCAAGUCUGGCCUGGCACAUCGGACCCGUGUUCAGUUCCUUCAAGUUUGUGGUCUCGAGCAACUACGACCUGAAGAAUUUUGGCGGCAGGCAAGUGCCGGGCGAAGACUUGCCGGACAGCAAGGAGGGCUUGAUCGCAGCCGCCCGCAACAAGGAGUUUGCCUUUGUGGCUUCGUACACGGAGAUCCCGUCCGCCAAAAGCAUCACGUUGGAGUUGGUCCGGCAGUGCGAAGAACCGGCCGUGCCGACGACCGAGCCGGCCGCUGUGACGAGCCUGCCCUUGGCCGAAUUUGUGCGCAUCAACAUCACGGACUGGCGGCCUUGGAGAUGCCUGGAUAGUGGUGUCAAGGUCACCUUGGCCAAGGACUACUUGCGGGGCCUUUUCAUGAAUCCCCUCAAAGUCACCGACGUCUCCUUGCAAGACCGCAGCUGCCGGGCCACGGACAACGGCACCCACUUCGUCCUGACGAGCCCGCUGAGGGAGUGCGGCACCUCCUUGGAAAGGGACGCCGUCGUCAAGAACCAGCUGGCCUUCAGUCUUGAUUUACUUCGAGAAGAAGUUCUGGUGCCGUUCGAAUGCCACCUCCCCGAGAAGGUCUUCCUCCAGCUUUACAGUGCGCCGGACUACAAAUUUGGCUUGUCAACAUCCGUGAUAGAAGCCAACCAAGCCGCCUACGUCCUGGCCCGAUUCCGCACAAGUGACCCCCUGGCCGUUCUGGAAAUCAAGGACUGUUCUCUUGAGAUGCCCAACGGAGCCUCCUCGCGGCUGCUGAUCAGCGGAGACAACUCCUUGAGCGCGAAAACCAAGAUCCUGGACUCUUUCAGCACAACCGUCCGCCACUUCAGCUUCGCCUACAAGACUGGGCAGGAAUCGUGGGCAGAGACUCCGGCCACCAUCGUUUGCCGUGUCGACCUGUACAGCCAGCUCCAUGGAUUCCGUUCCGAUGAAGUCUCUUUGGAAGUCAUGCUCAUCCCGCCCAAUGCGCCACCCAACAAUGUGGGCCUGGGCCUGGGCACCUUGCUGGGCAUCACCUUUGGCGCCUUCUUCAUCGGAGUGCUCCUGACCGCGGCCUUGUGGUACAUCUAUAUGCAGACCCGUCCGGCGGCAAGCAAAAUGGAGCCGGUCCCGGCAAACCCGCCGGCGUCGGAGAGCAGCACCACCAACCACAGCAUCGGCAGCACGCAGAGCACCCCGCGCUCCACUAGCAGCAUGGCAUAGCAGCCCCCCAAAAGUGAAGCGUGAUCAUAUAUUGUGGGUACCCUUUCGCCCGGCUGCAAGGACGAAUCCACAGGGUGCAAUUCAGGUGAACCGUAGCAAUGUAAAGACACACACGGACUCACACAACCCCUGAGCCUUGUACCGUAUUUCAUCACGUAAUGGUCGCACCCCCUUUUUUUACUCCAAAAGUUUCCUUCCAGCCUUGCAUUGUGUAAUAGCUGCAUGUAUACCAGGCAUGGGCAAACUUCGGCCCUCCCUCUGGGUGUUUGGGACUUCAAUUCCCACAAUUCCUGGCUUAAGUGGCUGAGGAGGAAAAGGAAAGGGCCUGGGGCUGUAAGGAAUUGUGGGAGUUGGAAGUCCAAAACACCUGGAGGGCCAAAGCUUGCCCAUGCCUGGUCUAGAAGGCAGACUAUUAACAUUUGCAUACUGAUAGUAAUUACCUGAGGUGUCGACCGCUGAUAAGCGUUUGGCUAUAAAUCAGCAUACUACGAGGUGUUCUUUCUCUUUCUCUCCCUCUUCAUUUUACUCUGGCAAAACCCUCCAGAAAUGGAUGUGUUUGGGGCUUGGAUCCUCCACACACAGAAAGCAGAGACUCAAAAGUAUUUCUUCUUUUUUGCAUAAUUUUCCUUCUUUACAUAAUGGUCACACCUCCUCCUUCACACACACACAAAAGUGAGAUUAGGAGAAUCAAAGGCACAUUUUCUUCUUCGCAUAAUGGUCGCACCUUUUUUGCACCCCUCCCCCAAAUUGGGGAGAAUAAGUCACAUUUUCUUCUUCUUCGCAUAAUGGUCGCACCUUUUUUUGCACCCCCCCCAAAUUGAGGAGAAUCAAAGUCUCAUUUUUCUUCUUCACAUAAUGGUUGCACCUUUUUGCACCCCCCCUCCCAAAUUGAGGAGAAUAAGUCACAUUUUUUCUUCUUCGCAUAAUGGUCGCGCCUUUUUUGCACCCCCCCCCCCCAAAUUGAGGAGAAUCAAAGUAACAUUUUUUUCUUCUUCACACAAUGGUUGCACCUUUUUGUCACCCCACAAAAUUGAGAUUAGAUUAGGCACAUUUUUCUUCUUCGAAUAAUGGUCGCACCUUGAAGAGGAGACAAUUGAGAUGACAAAACGCAACCAUUAUGCGGUGAAAUACGGCAUUUGGAGAAGCGGCUCCCUUUCGCCAGCACUUUGAAGACAUCUUUGUGGAUCGCCGUUCGGAUCUCCAGAGAAGCGGAACGUCCUCCUGGCUCGCCUGUCAUUGUCGGGACCCAUUGCAAGGCUUGCUCCCUUUGCUGGUGAACUUGGGGUGUACCUUUGGGUUCCAGAACAUGUCGUUUGAUGCCUGCAAUUCAUGUCCAACCUAGAACCCGAACCCCUAAGGACUCGUCUUUCUCCUCUGCCGCAAAACCAAUGCAAGGCGUCCCCCGUUUGCUGCUAUUCCUGGGGCGAUUCCUGCCCCGCGUUUUCAGGGCAUGGAUUUGAACACCACUCACUUGGGGGGCAAGAGGAGCAUGGCGGUUCUCCUUGCGCAGAAAAAGGGGGUGAAGCAUAACCCUUUUGGGGGGAGAAGGAAGGCAGUGCUUCCCCCUCAAGGGAAGGAGGUCGACCCCGGUCUGCUUUGACAUACCCAUUCCUGUACUUUUAUAUAAAUAGUGAUACAUAGGAUAUAUUUUGCACUGGUGUAUACAGGAGAGUCGAGCUGCAUGUUCCCAAUGGCGUGUUUUCCAACAGUCCGAUCGCAAGGACGGGGCUUCCAUAAUAUCAUGCACCCGUUGCCCGGCUCAAGAUUAUUAGGAAUUGUGGGAGUUGAAGUCCAAAACACCUGGAGGGAGGGGCAAACUUUGCCCAUGCCUGGCAUAGAGGUAGCCUGGCUGUUGUUGCCUGGAGGCACCCUCGGUUUGGGCGGUGUGAACUGGCACUUGGUUGUUUGCAGUCUGGAAUUCCUCCCGUGGUGUUCUUUAUUGACGGUCUUGUUCAGUACUGGUCACCAGGUCUAUCUCUGUGCAGAUACCCUCACUGAUUGACUUUGCAGCUGCAAGGCUGCUCAAUGCUAAUCAAGCUUGCUAAUUGCAAUCCAUACCCCGUUUCCCUGAAAAUAUGAUUCAUAUCUUAUGUUAUUUUUUUACUCCCAAAGAUGCACUAGGCCAGUGUUUCUCAACUUGGGGGUCGGGACCCCUGUGGGGGUCGUGAGGGGGUGUCAGAGGAGUCGCCAAAGACCAUCAGAAAACAUAGUAUUUUCUGUUGGUCAUGGGGGUUCUGUGUGGAAAGUUUGGUCCAAUUCUAUCAUCGGUGGGGUUAAGAAUACUAUUUCAUUGUGGGUGAACUAUAAAUCCCAACAACUGCAACUCCCAAAUGGCAAGGUCUAUUUUCUCCAAACUCUACCAGUGUUCACAUUUGGGCAUAUUGAGUAUUUGUGCCAAUUUUGAUCCAGAUCCAUCAUUGCUUGAGUCCACAGUGUUCUCUGGGUGUUGGUGAACUACAACUCCAAAAACUCAAGGGUCAAUGUCCACCAGACCCUCCCAGUAUUUUCUCUUGGUCAUGGGAAUUCUGUGUGCCAUGUUUGAUUCAAUUCCAUCAUUGAUGGAGUUCAGAAGGUUCUUUGAUUUUAGGUGAACUAUAAAUCCCAGCAACUCCAGCAUUACCAAAUGACAAAAUCAAUCACCCCCAACCCCACCAGUAUUCAAAUUUUGGGCGUAUCGGGUAUUUGUGCCAAAUUUGGUCCAGGGACUGAAAACACAUCCUGCAUAUCAGAUAUUUACAUGAUGAUUCAUAACAGUAGCAAAAUUAGCUAUGAAGUAGCAACGAAAAUAACGUUAUGGUUGGGGGUCACCACACAUGAGGACCUGUAUUAAGGGGUCGUGGUAUUAGGAAGGUUGAGAACCACUGCACUAGGCCUUAUUUUCAGGGGAUGUCUUAUUUUUGGGGAAACACGGUCUUUUUUCCACCCUGGGCAUUAUUCCAUAGGUAUGUAUACACUCCACUUGCUCUAACACCAACAGAACCUCUGAAGAUGCCUUUGGCCAGAUGCAGGCAGAACGUCAGGAGAGAAUGCUGCUGGAACAUAUUGGCCAGACAGCCCAGAAAACUCACAGCAACUCAACUUUCAUAAUGUCCCUUCUGCAAAAUGGACCUUGACUGACCCCAACGGUUUGGAGAAACCUCCGCGUCGAUGAGUCACACUUAUAUUUCAACCUGUACAUAUUAUUAUUAUUUUGUACCGGACCAACUGUAACCUCGAAUUUUGUAUAAAAUAUAUAUAUAUAUGAUGUGUUGUGCUGACGUUGUUGAGCCGUUUUUCCCGAAGCCAAUGAGCGAAGCCACGUGUCCAUCAAGCGUGGCAUCCAGGCAGGUCUUCGUUUGACGGGCAGCCGCCGGAUUUGGAGGGCUUGGAAAAGAAAACCCGGCCGGCACUUUGAGAAAGGAAGAAGAGCCACGCGUGAAAAGUAGUCCAAAGGUUUAAUUUAAAAAUAGGGUGGGAGGGGGAAAUAAAAUAUAAAGAGGGCUCUGAUAUAUAUUACUCCUUUGAGAGGAAGCAGGAAGGAAGGGAGAUGAAAGGAAGAGGGGAAAGGAAGGACAGAAGGAAAAGGAAGGAGGGAAGGGGGAAAAGGAAGGAAGGGCAGAAGGGAAGGGAGGGAAGGAAAAGGAAGGAAGAGAGACAAGGAUAGAUGGGAAGGGGAAAAAGGAAGGACAGAAGGAAAAGGAGGGAGGGAAGGGGGAAAAGGAAGGAAGGGCAGAAGGAAAAGGAGGGAGGGAAGGGGAAAAAGGAAGGAAGGGCAGAAGGGAAGGGAGGGAAGGAAAAGGAAGGAAGAGAGACAAGUAAGGAUAGAUGGAAAGGGAGGGAGGGAAGGAAAAA